AUGGAUAACUAUGUUUGCACGGUUGCCAAUCUCCUUCCGCCGUUGCCACACCCACAAAACCCAUAUGCCUCGAUCUACGUCCCCAAGGCCAUGUACGGCGCAUCGAACCAUUUGUUGGGCGUAGGAUACUCUGCAUCAGAGGUACCCUCAAGUAAUGUCGCCAUCUUCUACGCUCUUCUGGCAACUUCAGCUUUUCACUUGCGGGGAUCUGAUCUGGACGGGGCCUCCGAACUAGACCUCACUGCUCGCCGAUUCCGUGCAAAAGCAUUCGCCUAUCUCCAGAAAGCGCUGCAGGAGCCUCUCACAGCUGGUGAAGACCAAGGUCUUGGCCUAAGCAGCACUUCAUCAAAUUCUUCGACAGCGGGGGAAGCAAUCAUCUCAGCAAUGCUGACCUUGAUAACUACGGAUGUCGUGGAAGGUUCCAUGAGUGAAUAUUGGAUUCACCUCGAUGGAGUCAACCGAUAUGCUCGGCAGUUGCGCAGCGAGGUAGGAGAGUCUUCAGGGAUCGAUCGUUUGAUUGCAAUUUCAUCGUUUCUCUCAACUCUUGCCAAUUCGACUUCCGUCGAUCUCCCGCCAAUCCCUUGGUCCGAUGACAACCUCACCAUGUCGGAUUUGAGCUAUUCAGAUUCCGUUGUGACAGAUGGACUCGAAUUCGCAUAUGGGAUUACACCAACUUUGGCAAACUUGAUGCGGCGGGUGGUCGUUCUCGCUCAGCACAUUUCCUACUAUAUCUCAAACUCACUAGACCUGCCCCCACGCCUCAUUUCGGCGUGCAUGAGCUUCUCGGAGACGCUGUCGCAAUGGUCGAUCGAGUCGGAGCCGCUCUCCAGCAUGCUUACCGGCACAGAUGCUGACAUGAACAUCGCCCUGCUCCUGGCCAAGAAUCAUACCCUUGCUUUCGCCCACGGCCUCAGGGUGUAUUAUCACACUCGCAUCCUCCCGUGCAGCCCGGCCGAGAUGCAACGUUAUGUUGAUUGCGUCGCGAACCAUUUGACCAUCAUCGAGGAAAUCAAAACCGCAGUGGGAUUUGACUACAACACCGCGGCCACUAUCACCUGGCCGGGAUUUAUUGCAUCCUGUGAAGCUGGCCGAGGCCGCCCACGCGAGGUCUGGUACCGCUGGUGGGAGGGCAUGAUAAAGUAUCGGAUCGGGAAUAUAGCACACUUGUGGAAAAUUGUGCAAGAGGCCUGGAGGUUGAAGGAUGAGGAUGGCUCAACCGAGGUCCCUGCUUGGAUGCCAGUACUCCGCCGCAGUGGGAAACGGAUACUUGCUGUGUGA